AACUAUUUUUCUGUGGUCCCUGAAUAACAAAUCACAUAAGAAGAGUACGUGUUGGCCUUGAUGACCUUAGUGUCUUAUAUAAAAUCACAUUUUUACGCAAUUCAACUGCAAUUCGUGAAAAAAGUUGAAUGAGAACGUGAAGAGAUGAAGUCAUUAGUGUGUCUCUCAAUUAUUAUCGCCACUGUGUAUGCCCACGGUGGUGGAGGCUAUGGUCACGGAGGUUUUAGUAGCGGAGGCUAUGGUCAUGGAGGAUACAGCCACCACACAGAACAACAUGUAGAUUCGUAUGGAGGUAGACACCAUGGUGGGUAUGGUUCUCUCCAUGAAGAUGACCAUCAGGUUGUUGAAACUGUCCAUGGAUAUGGCGGACAUCACGAUGAUCACGGUUAUGGUGGGCAUCAUGAUGCUCAUAUUGUCGAAAGUGGUCACGGAUAUGGUGGACAUCAUGAUUCUCAUAUUUUCGAAACUAGUCAUGGUUAUGGUGGGCACCAUGAUAGUCAUGUUGUCGAAACUGGUCAUGGUUAUGGUGGCCAUCAUGAUACUCAGGUUGUCGAAACUGUUCAUGGUUAUGGUGGGCAUCAUGAUGUCGAUACUGGUCGCGGAUUUGGCAGAGUUGAUACCCAUAAUGUUCAUGAAGUUGUAGAAUCUAGCCACGGACAUGAGGAUGUUCACGGUGCUGUUGAAAAUGUUUUUGGUGGACAUGGUGGUGGUCACGAUAGUGUUAGCGUACAUAAGGAAGUAGUAGAAACCACUGGAUAUGGCGGACAUCGUGGCGGACAUGCUUCAACCAUAGGAUCUGGCCACAACAGUGGGCACCAAGAUAGUUACGUCGAGGAAACAGUAGAAACUGUACGCAGACAACCAUCACACACUGUAUACACCAGUGGCCAACACCAAACUGGUCAAGAAGCUUUCGAAGACGUCGAUGAAGUAACUGGAGGAAAAUCUAAAAUCAUCAAAACAACACAAUAUGUAAGACAACCAAAUCAACAAGGACUACACGGUUAUGGCGAAGAUGACUUAGAAGGUGUUGUUGGAGGACAUAACAGUCAACGUACCGUAAAAGUAGUAAAAACCACACACACCAGUGGCAGCUAUGGAUCUGGCCAACAACAAACUGGUCAAGAAGCUUUUGAAGACGCUGAUGAAGUGACAGGAGGAAAAUCUAGAAUCAUCAAAUAUACACAAUAUGGACAACAAUCAAAUCAACAAGGACUACACGGUUAUGGCGCAGAUGACUUAGGAGGUGUUGUUGGAGGACAUAACAGUCAACGUACCGUAAAAGUAGUAAAAACCACACACACCAGUGGAAGUUAUGGAUCUGGCCAACAACAAACUGGUCACGAAGCUUUUGAAGACGCUGAUGAAGUGACAGGAGGAAAAUCUAGAAUCAUCAAAUAUACACAAUAUGGACAACAAUCAAAUCAACAAGGACUACACGGUUAUGGCGAAGAUGACUUAGGAGGUGUUGUUGGAGGACAUAACAGUCAACGUAACGUAAAAGUAGUAAAAACCACACACACCAGUGGCAGCUACGGAUCUGGCCAACAACAAACUGGUCAAGAAGCUUUCGAAGACGCUGAUGAAGUUGUUGGAGGACAUAGUGGGCGUAUCGUUAAAGUAGUUAAAACCACUCAUACCAGUGGUGGCUACGGAUCUGGUGGACAGGAACAACUCGGUCAAAUAAAAUCAUAUCUGAGGAGAGAACCACUACAAACAGGACAACACGCUUUUGACGAAGAAGAUUUAGGUGAAUCAGUGCAUUCUGGAAGUUCUUCUCGCAUCGUUAAAACUACCGUCACCAAACACACCAGCUCAUAUGGCAGAAACGAUAACCAGCUUUAAAUGUAAUACAGAAAAUCAAAAAUAUUUUUUGUAAAUAAAUUAUAAAAAAUAGCAAAAAUUAUUUUUUAAAUUAUUAAAGUAAAGCCUCUUA